AUGAAAACAUAUAUUAAUUUAUUAUUUUUGUUGUCUUUAUUAAAAGUUACAUUUAUUUAUUCAAAAGAUCAUGUGAAUAAUAAUGAGGAAGAUAGUUCCAUAUAUUAUUACGGGUUUAUAAAUAACGAAGUAUAUAACCAUUAUUUACCCUCAAAAUAUGCUAAUAUAAAAAGAGAUAAUAAUUUGAUUAAAAUAUCAUGUAGUAAAGGAUACACCGUAGAAGUAAAAAGAGCAUAUAUUGUAGAUUUAGAGGAUGAAGUAAAUGAUUAUACAAAAAUGGCAGCUGAAAUCUGCCUAAAGAAGGAAGAAUGCAAUAUAGAUAUAAAAAAAUUCAAAAGGAAUACAAACAAUAAUGCUAUUGACGUUUCUACAGAAUUGAACGUAGAAUAUAUCUGUAUGAGUUCACAAAAAAAUCUUUAUGAUGGAACACAUUUUCAUCAAGGUGUCACACAUAAAUACCUCAUUGUACGAGACCAAACAUUAGCUUGUGUUGAAAAAAACCAAAAUGUAAUCACAUUGUCUUCUAUAAAUAAAGCUUUAGAAGUAUGUAAUAUGGAUAAUUGUAAUUUUGUUGUAUGGAAUCCUGAUGAAAAGAGAGCUACCAUAUGCAAGGAAAAUUUUUAUGAGAAUAUGAUAGAAAAAAAGAAUAAUAUAAUUUAUAUUCAUCCUAACUAUUUUUUUACAUAUGGACAUGCAACCUUUCUAAAUUAUAUGUCUAUAUGUGAUAAUAUUAUUAAACAAGUUCCAUAUAAUUUAAGUAUUUCGAAAUCUGUUGACGUAUGUUCACAUCUCGAUUGUGAUUAUUUUACAAAAAGUUAUCCAGGAUCGAUUAGAUCCUUAGACAACACAAAGAAUGGGAAAACAUGGUUUUGCAAAGGAUUUCCCACGAUUAUACCAAUGGACGGAUUUAUUACAAGUGUAAAGUUGAGUAAAUUUACUUAG